GUGAUAUCGACGUGUUAUGACAACGCGUCGCGUUUUGUCAAAAUCCUGACUUCGGGUCAACGAAACUAUCUGUUGCCCGAAGACUUCGGACCCAUGAUUCAGGACGUGAUCGACUCACACCCGGGGCUCGCCUUUUUGAAAGAGGCCGAAGAGUUUCACUCGCGUUACGUCCAUACAGUGAUCGCCAGAAUAUUCUAUUGCGUGAACAAGUCGUGGACGGGAAGGAUAUCAUUGCCUGAACUGAAAAAGUCUAACUUUUUGCAAGUCGUGUCACUUCUCGAAGAGGAGGACGACAUCAACCAAAUCACUGAUUAUUUCUCUUACGAACACUUUUAUGUGAUUUAUUGCAAGUUUUGGGAGUUAGACAAAGACCACGACCUCUUCAUUAGUAAAGCCGAUCUCAGCCGACAUAACGACUCCGCAAUUUCCUCGCGAAUGAUUGACCGGAUAUUUUCAGGGGCUGUCACUCGGGGUCAGACCCGAAAGGACGGCCUCAUGUCGUACUCGGAGUUCGUUUGGUUCAUACUGUCCGAAGAGGACAAACGCCACCCGCGGUCUAUAGAGUACUGGUUUCGGUGCAUAGAUCUGGACGGCGACGGCUUCCUAUCGAUGUAUGAAUUGGAGUACUUCUAUAGCGAACAAACCAAACGCAUGGAAGCCAUUGGCAUCGAAGCCCUCCCUUUCAACGAUUGUUUGUGUCAAGUGAGACAUUCAUUCACUUCUAUUACACAUACGUUUGCUUUGAUCAUCAAUUAUUAG